UGUUAUCUGGAUGCUGUUUUUUGUCCCUUCCUGUGUUCGAAUGCUUUUAAAGUUACACAUCCAAUGAGAGCCUAUGAGGUGUGGAAUUAAAAUCGAUUGAUUUGCUGUUUAUUCGGAAUGAAAGAUUGACUGAAAGGUGUGCGUGUGGGACGGAGGGUGGAUCCAUACUGCCGGACCGAAGCGAUGGUCAUAGCCAGUUAGUCAGAAAAGUGGAAAUCUACACGGAAGCAAAAUGGGAGAAGCGGUAGACGUAUCUCAUUUUCAAAAUAGCACUAAUUAAUCCGAAAGACUGAACAGCAGAAGAAGCAUUGGAUUGGCAUUACCUCGAUAUUUAUCUUGCAAGAUUUGCAUUUCACAUCUUUUCGAAACUAGUCUCCAGAUAGCUACAGUAUAUGAUGAGAACUACCGAGACACCGCAGAAAUGCAGUAUAAACAUAUACACGUUUAAACUUUGCAGUUACAAGUGUUUUUUCUUUUUCUUUUUUCUUUUAUUUAUUUUCUUUUUUGCAGUUUCCAUUUUUUCAAUGCUGCAGUAACAGGAGCGAUUAAUUAAAAAAAUCAGACCACGUCCUUUAAAAAUGCUUUCUUCCUCUUUCUAGCAGCGAUAAUGCAUUUUUUCACUUUUUUUUUGUUUUAUGGGGAACAUUAAUCGGAUAAGUUGUUGUUUUAAGUGGAAAACAUAGUGAACAUUAUUUCAUCUAAAUCCUGAUAUGCUACUGAAACCGGCUAGUCUCGGAAUACUGCACUUUGCAAGCAAUUCUUUGUGCCAUAUGAAUCUGGAGAUGACUGCGAAUUUAGCAAACAGGUGUCAAGUCAGUCUUGAGUCCUGUUAUAAUCCAUGAAGGCCUGUGGUUUCCAGAAGUGGUGCCUGACAUGCUCUGUUUGGUUGGAAGGCAGAAUUAUAAAACUGGUCCCCAGGGAUUACUAGAAUGAUGGUUCCAGGUCCACAGCUGAAGCAUGACAUGGUACUGGUGUGGCACUGCUGUUGUUAGGUGGCUCUCUCUCAUGGUUCUGUCAGAGUGGACAGCCUUGAGCCUGCACUGCUGGGUUUUAGCUGUCAGCACCGCAUCAGGUCAGCAUGAGACCUCCGGGCCCAUGGACUGGCUCCUGUCUGACAAGGGGCCUUUUUACCGCUCACAAGAGUAUGCUGAGUUCAUAGAGCGGCAUCAACAAGGCUUCACCACCAGAUACAAGAUAUACAGGGAGUUUGGUCGAUGGAAGGUCAACAGCCUGGCUGUCGAGAGGAGAGAUUUCCUCGGCUCCCCCCUGCCUCUCUCCCCUGAAUUCAUCACCAGCAUACGGCUCUUGGGGCGCAGACCAAGUCUACAGAAAAUAACAGAGAACAUCAUCAAGAAGUAUGGGACCCACUUGCUACUGUCAGCCACACUAGGAGGAGAAGAAUCACUGACCAUUUUUGUGAACAAGAAGGAACUGAGUAAGAAAAGCAAUGACGCCAUCAGCAACAGUUCAGCAGCAACUCUGGAGACCCUGCAUCAGCUGGCAGCCUCUUAUUUUAUUGACAGGGAGAGUACGCUAAGAAGACUGCACCAUCUCCAGAUAGCAACCUCCUCCAUCAAGGUAACAGAAACCAGAACUGGCCCUCUUGGAUGCAGUAACUACGACAACCUGGACUCUGUCAGUUCUGUUUUGGUUCAAAGUCCCGAAAACAAAAUCCAUUUACAAGGUCUGCAGGUUAUCCUACCAAAUUACUUGCAUGAGCGCUUUGUCAGAGCAGCCUUGGGAUACAUCACCUGCAACUCAGAGGGACAUUUUAUCUGUAAGGACAAUGACUGCUGGUGCCAGUGUACCUCCAGCUUCCCAGAAUGCAACUGCCCUUCCACAGAUAUCCAGGCCAUAGAGGAGAAGCUGCUUCAGGUCAUGGAGGCGUGGGCCAACUACAAUCUGGAGUUUCAGGAUUCAGAUGAGUUUAAGUCCUUUGUGAAGACUCUUCCACUGGACUAUCUACUGAACACAUCCACCAUAUUCCACCUGUGGACCAAGGACUCCAGUCUGCAGCGCCUGUACGAGCAGCUAGAGGGCAGCAUGAAGCAGCUCCACGACAAGGCCCAGAAGAUGAUCCAGAAACUGUUUAACCUCAGCAAACGCUGUGAGAAGCAGCCUCAGUACAGGCUGCCCCGUGAAAGACCCAUAGCCUACUGGUUGAAGCAGAUUCAGUCCCUUCUAUACUGCAGUGAAAACAACCUAUCAGGCACUUUCAACGAGGAAAUCCAUAACUGCACAUGCCCAAUGGAGCAGGACACUUGCCAGCGGGCGCUUCCGUGCCAGGUGGGGGAUAGCGCCAACUGUUUGACCUGUGCCCAGGACAGUCCUGCUCACUGCAGCAGCUGCAAUGCAGGUUACGUGCUGAGUCAGGGCACCUGCCGUCCAGAGGUGGCCGACUCCCUGGAGCACUACCUGGGCCUGGAAACUGACUUCCAGGACCUGGAGUUGAAGUACCUUCUGCAGAAGCGUGACAGCCGCAUUGAGGUGCACACCAUCUUCAUCAGCAAUGACAUGCGCCUCAACAGCUGGUUUGACCCUUCUUGGCGCAAACGCAUGCUCCUCACCCUCAAGAGCAACAAGUACAGGUCCAACCUGAUCCACAUGCUGCUGGGGCUGACAGUGCAGAUCUGCCUGACCAGGAACAGCACCCUGGAGCCUGUCCUCUCCAUCUACAUUAACCCGUUUGGGGGCAGCCACUCGGAGAGCUGGCUCUUGCCUGUUCAUGAGAAUAGUUUCCCAGAUUGGGAAAGGACUACACUGGAGGGUGUCCCAAAAUGCACCAACUGGACCAUGACAUUGGGCAACAAGAGGAAGAGCUUCUUUGAAACGGUCCACAUCUACCUGAGGAGCCGGAUCAAGGCCACUGACUCUCGAGGUAACGAGACCACGUACUACGAGCCCCUGGAACUUGUCGAUCCCUCUAGGAACCUGGGAUACAUGAAGGUCAAUAGUGUCCAAGCCUAUGGCUAUAGCACGCACUUUGACCCUGAGGCAAUCCAGGAUCUGAUCUUGCAGCUGGACUACCCCUACACACAGGGCUCCCAGCACUCAGCUCUUCUCCAGCUGGUGGAGAUCCGAGACCGUGUGAACAUGCUCUCCCCACCUGGCAAGCAGCACCUGGAUCUCUUCUCCUGCCUGCUGCGGCACCGGCUCAAGCUGUCAGCCAGCGAGGUGGUGAGGAUCCGAGAGUCCCUGCAGACAUUCACUGCCAGACUACCCCAUAAUGUGGAAUACGAGACAGACAAACUGUGCAGUUAGCAAGCUCAGCUUUUAAAAACAUUUUCAGUGUGUGUGUGUGUGUGUGUGUGUGUGUGUGUGUAGAACUUGGAGGGGGAGAUGAAUAAUAGGACAUGGCAAACUUUGAUUUGGUGUUGCUAUUGUUCUUCUGUACAUUUCUAGUAAAACAGCACUUAAUGACGUUUGACAUUUUAAGGUUGCCUGUGUAAAAAUUGUAAGUGCUCAGAAAAGGGGAAAUCAGUAUAUACCAUAUUUGAUUGUGUACUAUAGAGGUCUGGAGAAUGACACUGUAAUACCACAUUUAGGAUAUCUCUCACAAAGAUUGUAGAUUGCACUGAUUGUAGAUUGCACUGAUUUUGGAUUAACACUGCUAAAGGGGAAAUCAGUAUAUACCAUAUUUGAUUGUGUACUAUAGAGGUCUGGAGAAUGACACUGUAAUACCACAUUUAGGAUACCUCUCACAAAGUUUGGCAAAUAGUUUACAAUAGCAUUGCCAUGUUCCCUUCGUACUCUUCAGCUUAGCAAAUGCCUGUCAUUUCAACAAACUGCAUUCAGAACAACCAGUUCAUGGAAGUUCUUGGAAUAUGUUUGGUGCUGUGUCCUCAUAUUUUAGUGCUUCAGUGUUCUGACUCCCUAAAUCGGAAUUAAAGUCCGAUACUAGCUCGGCUUAUAAUGUUUCGAAUUUAAAAACAAGAACUAAAUAUUGGUGGCAUUACUGCAAUGCUCUUGUUUUCUGUCAUGUUUACAAUUGCUUUGGGUGUUUUUUUUUAACCCAAUAAUAUCUACCAGGUUCAGUUUUGGAUUCCCCAAGCAGAAAGCUGGAGUCAAGUCUCCUCUGCGGAGUAUGGAGCCAAGCUUUCUCAAUCUCAAUGGAAAGCAGUGACCCUUAGACAAAGAGAGCAUAGGUCUAAGAACUGCUGGGGUUUAGAACAAUGUUGAAACACCACCAUCAGAAAUACUAGGGGAAAUAAACUGGGGAAAAUUUAAAUAAAAUGUGAAAAUUGAAUUAGAUGCUUUAUUGUUUGUUUGUUUCUUAGUGUAGUAGUGGGUUGAUAAAUAACUGAAGGGCACCAACUGUUUGAAGAAGUAAAAUGUAAAAAAUAUAGCAUGUUUAUUUGCAUAUUUUUUAACAAGCACAACAUGUACCAUAUUUCUGCACACUAGCAUAGUAACAACAACUUGUGAAUGCGCGUUUUAGAGUAAUCCCAAUGUAACUUUGUGCUAUUUGAACAGAUUCAGAGCUGUAUGUUCUUGGGGAUAGACACACUCUAUUUUCUAUGUCAGUUUUUAUGGUUAUUAUUGCGAGUUAAAACUGAGGACCACCCAGAAAAGAAAAAAAAUAAAUAAAUCAAUAAAAAAGUAACUAUCUCAAAUAUUU